CCGGGAUGGCUGACGGCAGGCACGGUCUUCAUUCGCUGGUCAUGUUAUCACCGUGCAAUUCAAGGUGUUCUACAAGGAAUGAUCCUGAGACACCAUCUCUGUGAGACAGGAUGUGGACAUCCGGCCACUUCUUGGAAGAAUUUUCUCGGCCUACCUUCUCCACGAGGCUCAGAUCUGUCUGACCUAAGAGCCAGUUGGCAUCUUCCUCCUGACAGAAGCCAGAUUUUCACUGGGGCUAGACUAUUUAUUGACAGUGUUUUCCCAGACUGGCCCGUUUGGACAAAGAAACCCAGCAUUAUUCAAGGAUUUUUCUUCCUUCUAUGUCUGCAUCUUUUAAGCGCAAUCUCUGUGGCUUUAAGAUCCCGUCAUUCGAGUGGGUUCCACGGUUAUCUAAGAAAAGUUGUCAAGAGGCUUUGCUCUGCAAGCCCCAGAAGAGAACUUAUAAAAACGGAAGGCAGUGGCAGAUGCAAUUACGGAUGUGGCUUAGUCGUUGCAGCUGCCCCACGGAGCUGUGCAGAGCAUACCGUCCUCAGUGAUGAACCCAGAAGAGCGAAUCGUGACAUGGCUUAUAUCCUUGGGAGUUUUAGAUUCCCCCAAAAAGACCAUCUGUGAUCCGGAGGAGUUCUUGAAGUCCUCUCUGAAGAAUGGGGUAGUGCUGUGCAAAUUGAUCAACAGACUUAGGCCUGGCUCUCUAGAAAAGUACUGCUCAGAGCCCCAAACCGAAGCUGACUGCCUCAACAACAUUGGUGACUUCCUGAAAGGAUGUGCGACCCUUCAGGUGGAGGUAUUUGAUCCUGAUGACCUUUAUUCAGGGGUCAACUUCUCCAAGGUUCUGAGCACACUUUUAGCUGUCAACAAGGCAACAGAAGAUCAGCUCUCAGAAAGACCAUGUGGACGUUCCUCUUCUCUUACUGCUGCUAAUAGUUCUCAGACGAACCCGCAGGGAGCGGUGGUUAGCGCACCUCCAGGCCCGCAAAGGCAGUCCAAGGCAGUGGAGAUGACGGAAAAUGGAAGCCAUCAGUUGAUAGUAAAGGCAAGAUUCAACUUUAAGCAGACAAAUGAAGAUGAGCUGUCGGUUUGUAAAGGGGACAUCAUUUAUGUCACCAGAGUUGAAGAAGGAGGCUGGUGGGAAGGCACAUUAAAUGGCAGAACAGGCUGGUUCCCUAGUAAUUAUGUCCGAGAAAUCAAAUCCAGUGAGAGACCUCUGUCCCCCAAGGCUGUCAAAGGAUUUGAAACUACUCCGCUUACCAAGAACUAUUAUACUGUGGUGUUACAGAACAUUUUGGACACUGAAAAGGAUUAUGCUAAAGAACUUCAGUCUCUGCUUGUCACUUACUUAAGACCCCUGCAGUCCAAUAACAAUCUAAGUACUGUGGAGUUUACAUCUUUAUUGGGGAACUUCGAGGAAAUAUGCUUGUUUCAGCAGACGCUCUGUCAAGCCUUGGAAGAAUGUUCCAAGUUUCCAGAAAACCAACACAGAGUCGGAGGUUGUCUAUUGAACCUCAUGCCUCAUUUUAAAUCUAUGUACCUGGCUUACUGUGCAAAUCAUCCGUCAGCUGUCAAUGUGCUUACACAGCACAGUGAUGAUCUGGAACAGUUCAUGGAAAGUCAAGGUGCAUCCAGCCCAGGGAUCCUCAUUUUAACAACCAGCCUCAGCAAACCAUUCAUGCGACUGGAAAAGUACGUUACUCUCUUGCAGGAGUUGGAACGGCACAUGGAGGACACGCAUCCGGAUCACCAGGAUAUUCUGAAAGCAAUCAUAGCCUUCAAAACGCUCAUGGGGCAGUGCCAAGAUCUUAGAAAGAGAAAACAGCUGGAGUUGCAGAUACUUUCUGAGCCUAUCCAGGCCUGGGAAGGAGAGAGUAUUAAAACCUUGGGAAAUGUGCUGUUUAUGUCACAAGUAAUGGUGCAGUAUGGAACAUGCGAGGAAAAAGAGGAGCGGUACCUUCUGUUAUUCUCCAGUGUCCUGAUAAUGUUAUCGGCAAGUCCUCGGAUGAGUGGCUUUAUCUACCAGGGAAAAAUACCAGUAGCGGGAAUGGUGGUGACUAGAUUAGAUGAAAUCGAAGGGAAUGACAACACAUUUGAAAUCACAGGUAACAUCGAGAGAAUCGUCAUCCACUGCAACAGCAGUCAGGACUUCCAGGAGUGGCUGGAGCAGCUGUGCAGACUCAUCCGGGGACCCGCCUCCUGCAGCUCGUUAUCUAAAACGUCAUCGUCAUCUUGCAGCGCCCAUUCCACAUUUUCCCAGUCUUUUAGCUCUACUGGACAGCCCCGAGGACCCCUGGAACCUCCUCAGAUUAUAAAGCCGUGGAGUUUAAGUUGUCUGCGACCUGCACCUCCACUUAGACCGUCAGCAGCACUAGGUUAUAAAGAGAGGAUGUCUUAUAUCUUAAAGGAGUCUAGUAAAAGCCCCAAAACGAUGAAGAAGUUUCUUCACAAAAGAAAGACAGAAAGAAAGCCGUCGGAGGAGGAAUACGUGAUUCGGAAAAGUACCGCCGCUCUGGAAGAAGAUGCGCAGAUCCUUAGGGUGAUUGAAGCCUACUGCGCCAGCGCGAACUUUCAGCCAGGCCACAGCUCAAGUGCUCGCAAAGAUUCACUCCCACAAGUUUUACUCCCCGAGGAGGAGAAACUCAUCAUUGAAGAAACCAGGAGCAAUGGCCAGACUAUCAUUGAAGAAAAGAGUCUGGUUGACACUGUGUAUGCCUUGAAGGAUGAGGUCAAAGAACUGAAACAGGAAAAUAAAAGAAUGAAGCAGUGCCUGGAAGAAGAAUUGAAAUCAAGAAGGGACCUAGAAAAGCUGGUGCGGAGGCUGUUGAAGCAGACUGAUGAGUGUAUUCGGGCUGAGUCCAGUAGCAAGACCUCCAUUCUUCCGUAACCAUCACUGUGCAGCUGGGCACACGUGCCUCCGGGACAUCUAGAAAUGCCCAGCUGAAUGAUUUGUUUGCUCACUUCCUUGGUUUUUAUUUUGUAUCUGAGUCAGUCCUCUCUCUCUCUCUCUCUCUCUCUUGCUCUCUCUGUUUGCUUGAGUGUUUGUUGUCGUUUGGUUAUUGGUUGGUUAUUUUCUUUUUGACCGGGGUAAAAGCGAGACGUGGUGGUGGAAAUCUCCCCAGAGUCUUUUCCACUCAAUAAGAAAAGGAAAACGAGGACAGGCAAAUGAUUUAAGUGGUCUUCAUAUGGCCUUCAAUUUAUAGUGCCUCUUCACCAGCCAUUACUCGCCCCCACACCCCGCUCCGUCACUCUUUUGGGGCUGGCUGCCAUAUCAGAGUGGCCGGUCGUGGCUUAGUAAAUGUGAACUUGACUUUUUCUCUCAUGCUUUCUUGUAUCUGGAAGCCCCUCAGUACCCAAUUUAAGGAGGGCAAAGCUCCUUGAGCUAUGACAAGGGUAGGGUCAUUUGCCCAGUAACCCAGCCAUCCUGCCCCGACUAUCAUGUGCCACCCUCAAUGCACACUUUUUUUUUUAUUACUGCCCUGUGUUGUCUAUAAGGCCAAGAAAACAGUAGCAUCCUUAUUCCUUUUGUGUGGGUUUACAUUUUUAACUCUAUGGGGCAGAAGCCCCGGUCACCCUUGCCAACACCAGACCCAUUAGCAAAUUGCAGUAGACAAUCUUGCCCAUCUACCGCAGAGUUGACCAUCCCUGCCCAGUGCAUGAUAGUUUUUGCCCCUCACUGUCUGCCUCAUGUGUAAGUUUUCUACUUCCCCAGUGCUUUUCAGCCAACCGUGUAAAGCGGUGUGUAAACUCGUACGUGUGCACUUUGCUUACUUUUUGAAAAUAUAGACCGUGAGCAGUCACUUCA